AAACAAUCCACCCCUCCCACCAUCCCCAAUUUCAGUUUGGCGAAAUCACAUACCUCCGAAAAACACAAAUGGCCCUCGCGUCAAGAUGUUGUGUCAGAAUAGCACGUUCUUCCCCCUCCAGCCUGAGACUUUCCCAACUGGUAGUUUACGCUCCCGCCCGACGAUGGAAUACCACUGCUGCGACUGCAGAUCCUAAGAUUUCCGGAAUCGUUGACCAAAUCUCUGGCUUGACCCUCAUGGAGACGGCGGAUUUGGUUUCUCUCUUGAAGUCCCGCUUGAACAUCCCCGACGUUGCACUGCAAUCAUUCAGCGCAGGCCCGGCAAUCGCUGCACCCACUGCUGCCGCAGAAGAAGAAGCCGCGGCCGAACCGGUACAGGAGAAGACAAUGUUCAACGUCAUGCUCGUAUCUUUCGAAGCCGGUUCCAAGCCGAAGAUCAUCAAGGAGGUUAAGAGUUUGCUGGGACUGUCUCUGGUGGAUUCAAAGAAGUUUGUAGAGAGCAUACCGAAGAUGCUGAAGGAAGGCCUCGUCAAGGAGGAGGCGGAGAAGAUACAGAAGACUUUGAAGGACCUGGGGGCUGUGGCUGCUUUAGAGUAAGGGAUAUUGGGGAGCUUUUAGAGUGGGAGAUAUUUAACCCCCAAUGCAUAUUUUACGGAAACCAUUAUUUGGCGGAGUGUGUAUAUUCCGAUGAAUCACGGGAUAAGAUUCAUGGUUUCUCCGAAAAUUCAUCUUUACAAUCCCUUUUU